AUGUUACAAUUAAAUGUACAUAAAGUCAACAUGGAGGAGAAAGCACAUUUAUGUACUGAAUGUGGAAAGAGGUUUAGGUGGCACGCACAUCUGAAAAUACAUCAAAGGACUCACACUGGGGAGAAACCCUAUAAAUGCCUUGAAUGUGGACAGAGCUUCACUCAGAGAGCACAUCUACGUUCACAUCAAAGGACUCACACUGGGGAGAAACCCUAUAACUGCCUGGUGUGUGGACAGAGCUUCACUCAUAGUGGAAAUCUACGUUCACAUCAAAGGACUCACGCUGGGGAGAAACCCUAUAACUGCCUGGUGUGUGGACAGAGCUUCACUCAUAGUGGAAGUCUACGUUCACAUCAAAGGAUUCACACUGGGGAGAAACCCUAUAAAUGCCUGGCGUGUGGACAGAGCUUCACUCAUAGUUCAGGUCUACGAUCACAUCAAAGGACGCACACUGGGGAGAAACCCUAUAAAUGCCUUGAAUGUGGACAGAGCUUCACUCAUAGUUCAGGUCUACGAUCACAUCAAAGGACUCACACUGGGGAGAAACCCUAUAAAUGCCUAGAGUGUGGACAGAGCUUCACUCAUAGUGGAAGUCUACAUAAACAUCAAAGGAUUCACACUGGGGAGAAACCGUAUAAAUGCCUUGAAUGUGGACGGAGCUUCACUCAUAGUUCAAGUCUACAUAAACAUCAAAGGACUCACACUGGGGAGAAGCCCUAUAACUGCCUGGAGUGUGAAAAGAGUUUCGCUCGGAGGGGAACUCUACGUUCACAUCAAAGGACUCACACUGGAGAGAAACCCUAUAACUGCCUAGAGUGUGGACAGAGCUUCACUGAGAGUGGACAUCUACGUAAACAUCAAAGGAUUCACACUGGAGAGAAACCCUAUAACUGCCUAGAGUGUGGACAGAGCUUCACUAAUAGUUCAGGUCUAUAUUCACAUCAAAGGACUCACACUGGGGAGAAACCCUUUAAAUGCCUGGAGUGUGGACAGAGCUUCACUCAGAGUGAAAGUCUACGUAGACAUCAAAGGACUCACACUGGUGAGAAACCCUAUAAAUGCCUGGAGUGUGGACAGAGCUUCACGGAGAGUGGAAAUCUACGUAACCAUCAGAAAACUCACACAGGGGAAAAACCCUUCAAAUGCCUGGAGUGUGCACAGAGCUUCACUUGUAGUUCAGUUCUACAUUCACAUCAAAGGACUCACACUGGGGAGAAACCCUUGAAAUGCUUGGAGUGUGGGCAGAGUUUUGCUGAGGGUGGAAGUCUACAUAACCAUCAAAUAACUCAUACUGGGGAGAAACCCUAUAAAUGCCUGGAAUGUGGACAGAGCUUCACUUGGAGUUCACAUCUACGAUUUCAUCAAAGGACUCACACUGGGGAGAAACCCUAUAAAUGCCUAGAGUGUGGACAGAGCUUCACUUGGAGAGGAAGUCUACGUUCACAUCAAAGAACUCAUACUGGAGAGAAACCCUAUAAAUGCCUGGAGUGUGGAAAGAGCUUCACUCAGAGUGGAAGUCUACGUAAACAUCAAAGAACUCAUACUGGGGAGAAACCCUAUACAUGCCUUGAGUGUGGAAGGAGCUUUACUCAGAGUGGAAGUCUACAUAAACAUCAAAGGACUCACACUGGAGAGAAACCGUAUAACUGCCUGGAGUGUGAAAAGAGUUUCGCUCGGAGCGGAACUCUACGUUCACAUCAAAGGACUCACACUGGGGAGGGACCCUAUGAAUGCUUGGGAGUGUGGAAAGAGCUUUACUCAGAGUGCACAUCUACGUUCACAUAAAUUACUCAUGCUGGGAAGAAACCCUAUAAAGACUUAGCAUAUAGAAUCAUAGCAUUAAAGAGUUGGAAGAGUCCACAUGGGCCAUCUAAUCUAACCCUGCUGUGCUUUUAUAUGAUUUUAUGGCUUUAACUAAAAUUGUUUUUGGUUAAAUAUUCAUGAUGUUUAAUACUCUUUGUAUAGAUGUAUAUUUGAAGUUAUAUUACAAUGCUUUUAAUUUGUGAUGCUUUGAGUCUCCGUACAGAGAGAAAAAGCGGGACAUAAAUAAACGUAAUGAUGAGGGCCAUGUAUAAACAUGUGAGAGGAAGUCCUAGGAAGGAGGGAGCAAACUUCCUUUGUGCUGCCCUGGAGUCGAACUCUUUGCCCCAGAGGGAGGGAGUGUGGUGGAGGUUCCUCCUUUGGAGGCUUUUCAACAGUGCCUGGAUGGCCAUCUAUCAGGGGUACUUUGAAUGCAAUUUUCCUACUUCUUGGCAGAGUGGGAUUGGACUGGAUGGCCCACUAGAUCUAUUCCAACUCUGUGAUUCUAAGAGCUGCUCUAAGAGUUUAAAUCUAUAUAGACAUAGAAUUCACAUGGGAGGGAACAGUGGCCCUUGGCCCCAGAGAGAGAGAGUGUGUCUCUAAGACUGAGCUUUCCAAACCUUUCAUGUCGAUGACACUUUUGACAUGCAUCCUUUUGUAACACGGUAAUUCACGUUGGCAAAACAGAGGCUUAAAUCAACCCCACAUAAGAUUUUCCAAUGCAUAUAAUAUAAUAAUAUAGAGAGAAAUGUUUUAUAUCAUCUUUCUGUCUAAGUAAUCCUUGUAUAGUUUCUGUUUUGCUGUUGUGUUAUGUUUUGUUGUACUGUGUUUUUGAGGCUUCGGCCUGUGUGAGCUGCAUCGAGUCCUUCGGGAGAUGCUAGCGGGGUACAAAUAAAGUUA